AUGACUCACACCAGUUUGGAGAAAAUUAUCAAGAGACAAGGAAUGCUUUUCCCUAACUUUUCUGGUAGUUUGCUCUUGGAAAUUACAGAUGAGUUCCCUCCCCCUGAAGGACCACAACCCUGUACACCCUCCUCCCUGUCUGCCCCAUUCCGUGCGGAGGCGCUUUCCCGAGGCUGGGAGAGGCACAAGGGCGCGCCGGCACUCCACCAGGCACUGGCAUCCUGGUGUCCCCAAGUUGUUUCUGGACAGAGUCCAGAUGGGCAUACUUCCCACCUGCACCCGGACUCUUUACCCGCGCCCUCCCACCCCACUCCCCCCGCGUCUUCAGGGCCUCCUUCUUCUACGUCGGGGGUCCCCACUCCCGCCCCCAGACUCCCCUUCCUUCCCAGAACCGCUGCCCAGGCGCGCCCCGCCCUGCGUCCCAGGGUCCCAGAGGCCGGCUCCGCCCUGGCGGGCCCCGGUCCAGUGGGCCGGGCGCGAGGAGCUAUAAAGUGGCGGGCGCUCUGCACGGGGUACCCCGGAGCCCCAGUCUCUGCCUGCAGACCUGGUCCCCCAUAUCCGCGCCACGACUUUGCCACGGCCAGUAGCGCAGCCAAUCAACGCACCACCGGAGCCCUUGCUGAUUUUAUUUAUAAGUAAUCUCUACACCCAGCGUGGGGCCUGAACUGACAACCCUGAGAUCAAGACUUGCACCCUCCACGGACUGAG